AUGGCGGCUUUAGCUAAGACAAUGACCUUGUUGCUAGUCGCCAUGGCUCUACAUGGAGUCUUUCUUGGUGCCGUCUAUAAUGUUGGUGACUCUGCUGGCUGGACCAUUGGCCAUGUCGAUUAUCAAACUUGGGUUUCCAGCAAAAACUUUAUUGUUGGCGAUUCUCUUGUAUUUGAUUACAACAAUAAAUUUCACAACGUGAAGCAAGUGAGCGAGCAAGAUUUUGAGACAUGCAACGCAACAUCUCCAAUCGCUACUCACACGACGGGAUCCGACACCGUUACGCUAAAAAAACUUGGCAACUAUUACUUCUUGUGUGGUUUUCAAGGUCAUUGUGAAGCUGGCCAGAGGAUUCAACUCGUCGUUGGACAGCCACCAAGGCGUCCGAUGCCUCCUACUCAACUUAUUUCUGAUGCUUCUGCAUCUUCUGAAUUCACUACCUUUUCUUUUGCUAUUGCUUUCACCGCACUUUUUUGCUAG